AUGGGUUGGAGUAAACGAGGUAAUGGGCGCAGUUAUGACAGUUUAAAUGGAUAUGGCUGUAUCAUCGGAUUUUUAAGUGGGAAAGUUUUAGAUUAUGGAACUUGCAACCGUAAAUGUUUGUUAUGUGACUUAGGACAUCCAAAGGAAGAUCAUGACUGCCGUUUAAAUUUUCAAGGUAGUGCUAAGGCUAUGGAGCCAACCGUUGGAGCUUUGUUUGCUAACAAUAGCUCAAUUUUAAAGGAGUCAGGCUUAAAAGUUCGCGUCUUGAUAGGUGACGAAGAUAGCUCAACAAUAUCGGCGGUGCGUAAAGGAACAACAGAGACAAUGUUUAAAUUUUCAGAUAGUAAUCAUCUUCACAGAUUAUUCAGCAAUGAUGUGUAUGGAUUACGCUUACAUCACAACGAGAUGAGAACGAAGCAAGUUCCUGAACACAUUCUUAAAUGCCUCAGCUACGCCAUCGCUCAGAACAAAGGCAAAAGUCGUGAGCUUGCUGCUGCAAUGCUUUCAAUACCUGAUCAUCUAUUUAAUCACCAUGAAAAUUGUGGCUCGUGGUGUCAUCGUGCUGAACCGAACUCAAAACAGCAAACAAUUUUGCUCAAAAAUAUAAAUUUAUAUAACGCACUAAAGGAAAUUUUUACCAAAUAUGCACGAAGUGCAGAAAAGUUUUGCAUUGCUGCUUCCAGUCAGGCAAAUGAAAGUGUUAAUAACAUAAUGGCGCACAAAGCACCAAAAAAUUGUUGCUACAGCCGCAGUGAAUCCGCUGACUAUCGAUAUGCUAGUGCAAUUUGCACGAAAAAUGAAGGGGACUCGCACGUCAUGGCUGUCAAUGAAAAAUUAUCUUUAUCACCCGGCAAACACACAGCAUUUUACACAAGUCGACUUGACAGGACUAGACUUAAAAGAUCUAACAAAUCUCAGCUACCUUCUACAAAGCGUAGGAGACUAGUACUUAGUAAAAAACGAAACGAUUUGAAAAAGAAAAAUGAAAGGUCGGAAGGAAUUCAAUACCAAAGCAAUUGUGGUUUUCAAAAUUUACCAACAUAUACUGUUGAAGAACUCAUUGAUCAAGCUUCCUACGUAGAUUUUCCCAACUUAAUAUCAUCAGACUUAUCUAAGCUCGUAUAUUUUGACUUAGAGACGUCAGGCUUUAAUAAAACUGAUGAAAUUUUGCAAAUAGCAGCGCAAUGUGAUGAGUACAAAUUCAAUGUUUAUAUUACGCCAACAAAGGAAAUAAAUUUUGAAGCUUCUGAACAUACUGGAUUGAAAAACAUUAAUGGACAACUUUACUUCUGGCGUGAUCAAGUAUUAACAGUGUGUUUAGAAGAUGCUUUGCGUGCAUUUAAACAAUUUUUGUCAAAGCUGAAAGAACCUUGUCUACUCGUUGCGCAUAAUGCUUCAUUCGACAUUUCUCAUUUGGUACGAGCUUUUUUUAAAUGUGAUAUGAUAAAUGACUUUAGGAUGAUUUGUGGUUUUAGCGAUAGUCUACCGUUGUUUAAGAAACAUUUCAAUGAAAGAAGCGGUGAAGGGGCAUUUAAAUUAGAAACACUGGCUAAAGAGUUUUUACAAGAAGAGUCUUCUGGAGCUUUUCAUGAAGCAUCUUACGACGUGUAUGUUUUGAAAUCACUUGUAUGUUUUUAUAUUGCUAAUGAGGAUAUUUUUAAAAAUGCUAAGACUUAUGCUGACUCUGUUAACCAUGUUAUUGAACCACGAAAGAUUAAUAAUAAAUUACCUUCACUGAAACCACUAAAAGGUACUUUAAAAGAUGGUAUGCUACGGAAAUUGGCGAAAGAGAGUCUAACAAUUGAAGUGUUACAAAAAAAAUUCGAUGAAGAAGGAGAGGAAGGUCUGCUCAGCACUUUGACUUUGCUCAAAAAUGGCAAGCCGCGAAUAACCAAAAAUAAACGUAUACUUGCACAAAUUUUAGCUUUCUUUAAAUCCAAAAAUAAAUGUGAUUAA